AUGUCUUCGUCCGCACCUCAUCCCUCCGACUCCACUUACUUGAUUGAAGCGGGCGUAGGUGUCAUCAUCCAAACGCUAUUCUAUGGCAAGUAUUUCGAUUCCUCGAGCGCCGUAUGGGCAUUGUCCCUAGUUCGCUUCAUCAUGAUAAUCAAGACUAUUGAUUCCUCGAACCCUACACUGUCACCGGAGCACAGGGUUUACACAAAUCAAGCAUCUGAACAUAUGGGGAUCAUAGUCGAGGUUAUAUCGUCGAUCAAUCCCAUGUUAAGUGACGCGGUUGUCACUUGGAGGGCGUGGAGCGCCAUAGGAUGCGCCGCAAAUGAUUUUUAUACGAACGAGACAUUGUGCAGAGACGUACAGUAUAUCGGUCUGGGACUAAUGCUAUUGACCAACAUCGUUGCGACGUCCUCGAUCGCGGUCACUGCAUGGAGACAUCGACGAUUCAUAAUGGCUAAUCUUGGACCCAAAAGCAAAAAAACGCAUGCCGAGAAGAUUCUGGUUCUGCUGAUAGAGUCCGGCAUGCUCUACUGUUUGAUCUGUGCGACUCCCAUCUUAUUCCUUUUCAUCAAGCUUCCUACAGAAGUUUAUAUGAUCCAGUGGAUGUGGCCAACAAUGACUCACAUUUCAGGUAUCUAUCCCACUGGUGUGCUUCUCAUCGUCGCAAUCAAGCGAACAAUAUGGGACUCACUCAGCGAGUUCGAGAAUCAGGUCUCACUGCCUGACAUCCGGUUUCGCUCGGCACCCGGCGACGUGGAAGAUACGGGGACACAGUACCAAUUUUCUGAUCCCCGACAAAUAUAUCCGAGUGUAGCAGGUCAGGCAGUGGCGAAAGAAGCUGUCGAUAGGCUGUCUGCUACCCCAUCUAUUAAUGAAUCGGUGGUGAUUUGGUAG